AUGACGCACUUCAAAAUCAAAGUCAUCUCAGACCCAGUCUGUCCAUUUUGCUAUCUCGGCAAGAAGCGUCUAGACAAGGGCAUUGAGCUCUACAAGAAGGUGUACCCAGGGGGCAAAGAUGACACAUUCAGCGUAUCGUGGUCGGCGUUUUACCUCGACCCCGAGGCGCCCAAGACUGGCAUCCCGUUGACGCAGCGCAUGGAGCAGCGGUUCGGAAAGGACCGCCUGCCCAUGAUGCGGGAGGCGCUCCGGAAGCAGGGGCUCCAGGACGGGAUCAAGUUCUGCACGGACAGCAAGAUCGGCAACACGCGGAACGCCCACCGCCUGAUCCAGCUCGCCAAGGCCAAGGGCAACGAGACCGAGAACAAGGUGGUCAUGGAGCUGUUCAAGAGCUACUUUGAGGAGAACGGAGAUAUCACCAGCUUCGACAUGCUGGCGGAUGCGGCAGCCAAGGCCGGUGUUGACCGCGGCGAGGCGAAGACCUGGCUGGAGAGCGACAAGGGUGGCAAGGAAGUCGACGGCGAGGUCGCAGAGGCGUACGCAAAAGGGAUACACGGCGUGCCCAAUUUCACAAUCCAGGGGGCGUACGAGGUGGACGGGGCGCAAGACCCCAAGGACUUCUUCGACGUCCUCGUUGCUGCGAAAGAGGGCAAGUCGUCGGCUUCGUUUGACUCGGGGGUCUGUAGUUAG